UCCGGUUAAGGCCAUAUCAACCAUGGAUACAUAUCCAUGAUGUGAGCACAUUUCAGGUACUGUGGGCCAUCUAUGUCUGAUCUCUUUCUCCACACAGGGCCGUUAUAACAGUGUCUUCAAGCCACCGACUGUCAGAUCUGUGACUGAACUCCUGAAGAGUAAACAACAACAUCCGGUCAUGGAGGGAGAGACUGAGGAGAGCCCAGAGGAGCAGCUGACCAAGCAGCACCGCAAGGAGAAGAAAGAUUUACAAGCCAAAAUCCAGAGCAUGAAAAACGCAGUUCCUAAAAAUGACAAGAAAAGAAGGAAACAGCUGACAGAGGAGAUUGCCAAACUGGAGGCCGACCUGAGUCAGAAACAUGAAGAGGAGAUCAGGCAACUAAAAUCUACAGUGGACAUAAAGGUGGAAGAGGUGUUAAAUGGAGUGGAAAACUUGAAGAUGGAGGGAGGAGAGAAAGAAGAGGUCAUGCAGCCCCGUGUCACAAAGGCCCAGAAGAGGAGGGACAAAAAGGCGGCCCAAGAGAGAGAGAGGGAGAGCCGGAUAGCUGAGGCUGAGGUGCAGAACUUGCAGGGUGUGAGACACCAGGAGGGUUUGAUGCUUGCUCAGAAACUUGCACUGCAGCAGCUGCAGAUCAAAGAGAUCCCCUCUGAUGGCCACUGCAUGUACCGUGCUGUUGAAGAUCAGCUAGCACAGCGAUCACUGCCUGGGUUAGUCAUGAGUGUGAAGGAACUGAGGUCCCGUACUGCUGAGCACAUGAGAAGCCAUGCUGAUGAUUUCCUGCCUUUCCUCACGAACCCAAACACAGGCGACAUGUACACAACAGAUGAGUUUGAGAAUUACUGCAGUGAGGUGGAGCACACCGCAGCUUGGGGUGGACAACUAGAAUUGCGAGCUUUGACUCAAGUACUUAAGCUGCCGAUAGAGGUGAUUCAGGCAAACUCCUCGGCCAUCAAAAUUGGAGAGGAAUUUAAUAGUGAUCCCAUCACCCUGGUCUACAUGCGUCAUGCCUAUGGAUUAGGAGAGCACUACAACUCCGUGGAGCGACUAAAGGACCCGGCUAAUGCAGAGGACAGCUGAAAGACUGCUCAGACAAGAUGUGACAUAAAACGACUAAAAGGAGUGUUUGAGUUACUCACAGCAGGGCCCCUCAGUACCUAAGCAUUCAGAGUGAGACCUUCCCCAGGUGAAGACACAGUUGUUUUCAGAAUGGGUUAAUGACUAAUGUUACUCUCUGUUUAGAAGUCAAAGAUAUCAUGGAGAGAGAGAAAGAGAGAGAGUUUAUCACUGGAGAAAAAAAAAAAUCAUCAUUGUGCUAAUGAAAUAUCAUAGAAAGUAGAACCAGGAGCCAAUGGACAUCCAAAGACCCUGUGGGUUUUAUUAGAGACGUUUUAACCUUAUUGAACAAUAGAGAAUGUAAAGAUAGUCACACUGGGGGUUUGUUGAAAUCUGACAGUGUCCUUGAAUAAACCUGUAAAUCAUAUCAGUGUUACAUAAACACAUCCAAUACUGAUAUAAGGUAUGUCGUUGCAUUAUUUUCAAUAUUUAAAGAACAGAAAAGAUCCGUCUUUGAGGUUUGUCUUUGAAUAAGUGAUGAUGGGAAAGGUGUUUUUUCUUCAUCUUCAAUAAAUCAUUGAUGAGAAAAAAUAAAUUCCUGUACACAACUGUCUCUGUGAUGGUCAGUUCUUUUUUGUUUUUUUUUAUGACCACAAAAUGUUUUUUCCCAAGUUCACAAAAUUCAUCAUUUUAAUGCUGUAAAAUAGUUCAGACAUCCUAAUCAUAUCUGUAACUGAAGGCUAGAGAAAUUACAGUGGUGGAAAAGUCCAUGCAUGUAGAAUAUUGAUUAGUACUGUACUUUUUAUUGAAGGUACUUCUUAUUAAUGUAUUAAUUUGUUAAUAAAAUAUCUUGAAUUAAGA